CGGAUUUAUAUUACAACCGGACAGACAAUGUCAAAGAAGACCUCGCAUGUUAUGACAUUCGAUGUUUAUGUACUUACAAAUGUGUCCUACAUAGCUUGACGUUACAAUUCUUAUUUCAUUUUAUUAUUUAAUGUAUUAAUAUCCACGAGUAAGUGUUAUAGUUAAGUGGGUGCGUUCUUCAAACUAGUAGCUUAAAACGUCAGCUAGCUUGGAAGAUGCGACUAACUCUACGAGCCCUGAUAUCUCAUGGCCGUGUGGCCCGUAAAAUGGGUCUGGGACCCGAGUCUCGGAUCAACAUGCUCAGGAACAUUUUGACAGGACUGGUUCGGCAUGAGAGAAUAGAGACCACGUGGGCACGGGCAGAUGAAGUCCAGUUCUACGCCGAGAAACUGAUAGACUAUGCGAAGAGAGGAGACACGGAUGAGAAAGCGAUGCAAAUGGCCAACUUCUGGCUCACGGAAAAGGAUUUGCUCCCCAAGCUUUUCAAAGUUCUAGCACCGAGGUUUGAGAACCAGAGCAAAGCUUACACAUACAUGGCACGGCUGCCCAACAGGGAGAACUUGGAUCGCGCCGCCAUGGCUGUGCUGGAGUACAAGGGCAACCCGUUCCCUCCACUCUUCCCUGCCAAACGGGAAAACGAACUGACUCUGAUCAACCAGCUGCUGAAGGGCUACAGGGAGGAGCGGGCACAGCUUAGUGGCAGUAAACCCUGAGCUGCCACAUAGCUGGGGUGUGAAAGUAGCUCAAAGAACAGUCUAAAGUUAUCCUCAACAAGAGAUUUUUUUGUUUGUUUGUAUGGGAUGAUCUACAGUGUUGCAUUCAUUUUUGAAGAUUAUUAAACGAGAACAAGAACA